AGUUGGGAAAAACAUACAAAACAAUUCCUCUUUCUUCCUUUUCUUUUGCCUUCCACACAUAGUCAUUUCUAUCAAAACCAAGAGGCAAUGAAGAAAGUUGUUUCGGUCAGAGCUGUUUGUCUGUUCAUAGCAGCGAUGGCGGCCCUUCUCAGCGUAGCUCGUGUUGCAGAGGCGGUGAAUUGCAACCCUCUGGAGCUGAACUCAUGUGCCGGGGCAAUCUCGUCGUCGUCGAACCCAUCGAGGACUUGCUGCAGUAAGUUGCAAGAGCAAAAACCAUGCCUUUGUGGGUACUUAAGGGACCCAUCCUUGAGGCCUUAUGUGAAUGCUCCUGGCGCCAAAUAUGUUGCUUCCAAAUGUGGCGUUCCCAUUCCCAACUGCUAGACAGAGGCUCUUGCUUUUGGUUGUGAUGGAAAUUAUGUGGGAAUAAUCUUAUAUAACAAAGUCAGUAUGAAAAUAAUCAAAAUGAAAAAUGAUCUAUGUUUUCUUUCCCUUUAAAUGAUAUUGAAGUAUAAGUUCAUCGCCAUCUAUAUGCUUUUUUAUUUCUUUUUAGUUCAAAUAAAAUAAUAGGUAUGGUGUAUGUGCCUAAAAGUUAUAUUUUCA